AUGGGCGGCUGGUCUCGCACUGCCGUCCUGGAGCUGUACCGGGCGCUGCUCCGCGCUGGGCGUAACCUUGAGUACACGGACCGUAACUACUACCGCCGUGCUGUGGCUCGCGAGUUCCGCCGCUGCCAAGACUUGACGGUACCCGAGGAUAAGGAGGACGCGUUGAAGAGGGGCCAGUUCUUCCUCAACAGCAAAUUGGGUGGGCUUAUGUAGGGGGAAGGGGUUUUCUGGAGGUGGGUUUCAAGUCAUCCGGAGGUUCAUCUCCCAGGUGAGUUUUCAGAAAAAUAACUCAGACUCUGUGAUAUUCUUUAGGAGAGAUCGUUUAAAGUUAGUUUGUAGAAGUACAAAAAUUAGAUGUUGGAUGUUGUUCCUGCAAGAUUUUUUCCUCUGUAGGUUCUGUUGAAAGGUACACAUGUGGUAUUGUUGCACUCUGGGCCAGCAACAGAGCAAAAUAAACAAAAUUCCCUUACAUAAUCCUCUUCUUUCUAGUAUCCUCAUGUCUUACUCUGAUGUAGUGCUGGACGAUAAUUCGAUAACAAUAUAUAUCGAUCGAUAGACGUGUGCUGCGAUAGAAAAAAAACGGGUCGAUAAAAAGUUCGAUAGAAAAACACAGUUUCCCUUUCUUUUUCAUCAUAGCCUAUCAUGUAGCUUUUACUACAGUCAUUACUUCCUCCCAACCAAUCACAAACGCAGACCCAGGUACGCUACGGCACCAAGCCCAGCCCCUCUCAAACCACAACAGACAGCACGUGUAUGAGAAAAAAUGA